AAAUAAAACAAAACAGCGAAAGGAGUCCUUCACUCAUUGAUUCUCCCUCGCUUUCUCAGCGCCGCUCCUCGCCUCACUGCACUCACCAAUCACCACCACCCUUUCUCUCCGCCGCGUCUUCUUCCUUCUUUCUGCGCCACUCAGUAACUUUCCUCCUCUAGUUUAAAGCGAGUACGCUAAUCAAGAGGAGGAAGAAGAAGAAGAACAAAAAGUGGGAGAAAUUAAUUUAUUAAUAAUAUCUUUUAAGUAAUGGGGAAGCAGUUUCGGAAUCACGGAGCAGGUUUAAAGAGACCAAAUAAGACUCAGAAGUUUGAAUCAACUCGGCAUACCAAGAAAAAUCGUGGUGUUGAACAAGAAAAGAUUGCCCAUUUAGCAUCACCUAGCUCCUCAGGAGAACUAUCUGAGGAAGAAAAUGAAAAUGUAGCUCCCACAGAAGAAAUCAUUCAUAAGGAAUCAUCAACAUAUGACGAGUUGUUGAACUUGCUGAGUUCAUCUAGUAAAUCUGUUGCACAUGCUAAUAAACAGAGACAAAGACAAGAAGAAGGUAGAAGUGACACAGAGGAAGAGGACGAGGACGAGGACGAGGACGAGGACGAGGAUGAGGAUGAGGAUGAGGAUGACGAUGAUGAAACUACUAGUUUGCCAGAGGAUUUAGACAAUGAUGCAAAAGAAAUCGACGACUCUCUGAAAGGUGACAAACAAACUGAAGAUGAGAUGGAGACCUCUGGUUCAGAUGAGGAACAUGACUCGGGAAUUGAUGAUGAAUCUGCUGUUGAGGCAACAAGGAGUGACAGUUCAUUUAGUAGACACGUGGGACACAUUUUGUCAAAAGUAGAGGUUGAUAACCUGUCAACAAUGAAAUGGAAAUAUAAAUGGGAGGUUCCUGCUGUUGGGAUGUCAAAUUGUCGGUGGGUAGGAACAGGAGAGUGUUUCCUAAAGGAUCUUGAUACCAAUGUGCAUGUUGAUUAUGAUAUGAAGCUUAAACUAUAUAAACACUGGCUAGAUAUAUACAAGACCUCUGGGAAAAAUGAUUUUCAUUCUUCCAAACAAAGAUUGUUCUUCACUCUAUGCAACAGUUAUCGGGAUAUAUUGCAUUGCAAUAAAAAGCCCUUUUACCUCAAAGGCUUGGAAGAUGACUCGAGCAUCAUGGAUGGAUACAUAAUGCAUACCUUAAAUCACGUCUUCAAAACUAGAGAUAUUGUGACAAAGAAUGAUUCUAAAGCGGCCAAGCACCAAGAGAAAUCCAAGGAUAAUUUACUUAAUGAUGAUAGUUUCCUUGAUCAGGGAUUUACUCGUCCCAAGGUUCUGAUUCUGUUGCCGCUGGCAAGCAAUGCGCUUCGAGUUGUUAAGAGGCUUAUCCAACUGACCCCUUCAUCUCACAAGGCUACUGUGGAGCACAUGGACCGAUUCUAUAAGGAGUUUGAUAAUGAAGAUGUGGAAGACAGUGAGGAUGAAAACAAAGAAUCUGGAAGUGGCCAGGAUUUUGGAAAUUUAAAUUCUCAAAAGUCUUCAAAACCUUCCGACUUUGAAUCACUUUUUGGUGGGAUUAACAAUGAUCAUUUUGUAUUUGGUAUAAAGUUCACUAGGCGGAGCAUAAAACUGUACAGUGAUUUUUAUUCCUCGGAUAUUAUAGUUGCUUCUGCUCUUGGUUUGCUUACAAAAAUGGGGCAGGCAGAAAAAGACAAGGACAAAGAUGUUGACUAUCUUUCUUCUAUAGAGCUUCUCAUUAUUGAUUAUGCGGAGGUCAUCACUAUGCAGAACUGGUCUUAUUUGUCAUCUGUUGUUAAACAAUUGAACCUUAUUCCAUCAAAGCAGCAUGGAACUGAUGUUAUGCGCAUAAGGCAGUGGUACUUGGAUGGGUAUGCAAGAUUUUACAGGCAAACAAUAAUGUUGUCAUCAUAUUUAAACCCAGAUAUAAAUGCAAUGUUCAAUCACCAGUGUGUUAAUUACCAAGGGAAGGUGAAGUUGGAGUGUGAAUAUAAAGGUGUCCUUCCCAAGGUGCUGCUACAGGUGCAACAGAUUUACCAGAGAUUUGGUGCAGACUCAGUAGAAGAUAUUGAUGAUGCUCGUCUUGAGUAUUUUACGAAGAAGGUUUUCCCAAAGAUUAAAGAUUCUAGUGAGGGUGGUGUUAUGAUAUUCAUCAGUUCUUACUUUGAGUUUGUUCGAAUUAGGAACUUUUUAAAGUCACAGAAUGCAUCCUUUUGUCUACUUUCAGAGUAUACAAAACAAAGUGAUAUUUCUCGUGCUCGAGUUUGGUUUUUUGAAGGGAAAAGGAAAAUCAUGCUUUAUACAGAGAGAAUGCACUUCUACCACAGAUACAAGAUUCGUGGUAUUAAGAAUUUGAUGUUCUAUUCACUCCCUGAGAGAAAGGAGUUUUACCCCGAGAUCGUUAACAUGGUUGAGGGGUCUGAUAACCUUACGAGCACCACACUCUUCUCUCGCUUCGAUCAAUUACGGCUGGAGAGAAUCGUUGGAACAUCAAAUGCAAAGAGAAUGGUGAAAUCGGAAAAGGAGGUGUUUGUAUUCUGUUGAUGUGACAACUUUGACCUCAAAAAUUUUGCAAAAUGUUUUAUAUUCUAAGAGCAAAUAUAUUUUACAUCUAUAUGUUAAAGUGCCUUGAGAAAUGAUCGAGCAUUUUUUUAUUUUUGAUGUAGUGUUGCCAAAAACAAGCGCAAGUUUUUAUUUGUUACAGUAGGAAUUGGGUAAAAUAGUUUUUAUUUAAUUUAAUGACUCAAAUUAACUCUUAAAAAUUACAUCAUAAUUAAUAUAUUUAUGUAUUUAUAAUUUUUUUUUU